AUGGAGAAGCCUAUGGACCCUAAUUUCUUUCAUAAAAUGCUUAAAGAUUCGCUCUUACGAUGGAAGCUGCAGGGCAAGAAGGGUGUGUGGAUCAAAUUACCAAUUCAACUUGCAAAUCUUGUUGAAAUUGCAGUCGAGGAAGGAUUUUGGUAUCAUCACGCUGAGCCUCAUUACUUGAUGCUAGUAUACUGGAUUCCUGAAACUAUCAAUACCAUCCCUGCACAUGCAACACACCGAGUUCGAAUUGGUGCCAUUGUCCUGAAUGAUAAAAGAGAGUUGCUUGUUGUUCGAGAAAAGUAUGGCAGGUUUCGGGAAAGAGGAAUUUGGAAGAUUCCAACCGGAAUACUUGACCAAGGUGAGGAUAUUUCUGUAGGUGCAAAAAGAGAAGUACAAGAGGAAACAGGAAUUGAUACAGAAUUUACUGAUGUUCUAGCAUUCAGACAAAUGCACAAGUACUUUUUUGAGAAGUCGGAUUUAUUCUUUCUUUGCAUGCUGCGACCUCUAACCUUUGACGUUAAAAAUCAAGAUUCAGAAAUCACGGGAGCUCAGUGGAUGCCAAUUGAGGAAUAUGCUGCACAACCUUUAGCGCAUGAAGACUGGAUGUUCAAGGAUGUCAGUGAUUUAUGCUUAGCAAAACUAGACAAGAAUUACAAUGGAUUAUCUCCAUUGCCAAUAACAUCAUUUUUCAAUGAUUUGGGGCCUUAG